AAGGUGGGGAGGCAGCCUGUAAGUGACAGCAGAAGUGGACCGCUGAAGAAAACAGUCGGUAAACGGGAUCAAACGACGACCUCACUGGACAGCUCCGUUGAGGGGUGGGGGGACGUGGUUUCAUUCAGCGGAUACACUUCGCCGAGUUUUCGCCGACUAGUUGGUGAACUUUUGCCGGGGGGGAAAAAAAAGCAAUGUUUGCGGUGACAGCCUGAGGUAACACUGUUGCUUCGGGUCUUAGCGCAGGUAACGUUAGUUAGCGGCUGGCAUCGAGCGAGCACAAGCUAAAUAAGCGUUUUUUUUUACAGCCCCCCCCCCCUCUCUCUCUCUCUCUUCGAGUAACCCGCUUUUGUGGCUUGUGCGGGGCUCACCCAGAGCACGACAGGUGGUCGGAUUCUCGGUAGAGAUGGGUGACAUAAACCCAUCGACAUCCAAUGCAUUUCAGCCAGAGGGGUUCAGUCCGCCGUACAGGAGGAGGAGGACCGUGGAGGAUUUUAACAAGUUUUGCACGUUUGUCUUGGCUUAUGCCGGCUACAUCCCUUACCCACAAGAGGUAGGUGGAGAAUGGCCUGACGCUCAUUGUCACUUAAAGGACUCUCCUCUUCGCAGUAGCUCCAGUCCUCCCAACAGCACAGGCAGCACCGCCGACAGCGACGGCUGGACCCCGGGACCCCCGUCCUCCUGUCCCCAGCGCCCGCCAAAGUUGCCCCAAGACAGAAGCAGGAAACGUCCGCAGCCGGCCCCGUCGCUGCCCGGCCACAGCAAACGAGACCGCACAAUCUCCACCCUGCAUCCAGAUGAUCACAGGAAAGCCGAGAAGCUGAAGAAGAAGAAGAGGCGAAAGGAGAGGGAGUGUCACUCGGGCGAGGAAGCGAGGCCACCGCCGAUCCUCGACGCCGUACCAGAGGUCCAGUCCGCCCUCUCCUUCGGCAGCCGAGUAAUCAAAGAAGAGCCCGAAGACGAGUUCAGCAUUCCCCUCCUCCCCUCGUCCUUGCCCAGCCCUCCCCCCUGCAAGGAGGAGCCCAAGGAGGAACAUCGACACUGGGACGGCCGAGACCUGGAAGAGGGGGUGAUAAAGGUGCAGAAGGUGGAGGGCUUUUCCGGGAGCCGGACCGUGUUCCGCCAGGGGAAGCAGGUGGUGUUUCGGGACGAAGACGGCUCGGGAGAGGACGAGGACAUAAUGGUGGACUCUGACGACGACUCGUGGGACCUGGUGACGUGCUUCUGCAUGAAGCCUUUCGCGGGCCGAGCCAUGAUCGAGUGUAACAAGUGUAACACCUGGAUCCACCUGUCCUGCGCCAAAAUCCGCAAGAGCCACGUCCCAGAGACAUACGUAUGCCAAAGCUGCCGAGACACAUACGGGCCCCCGGACGCCCGGCGCUCCCACCGCUCGCGCAUCGGCUCGCGUAAGCACCUGCUAGACUGACUCCAGGUCUUAACCAUGAACUCUUAACUACUCCCCACCCCCACCCCCCACUCCCCCCCACUCACAGCCAACCAGGAACCCACAGUUUCUUAAGACACUUUGGUGGAAGCGUCCCCCAGGCCUUAUCCCAUUUGAAGACACUUGGAUUGCUGUUUUUAAGAUUUCCUCAGCUCCGUUUCUGCUUCCUACAGACUCUGUGCGUAAGGCAAUCACUGAAUGGAUACCCGUCUGUAGAGGACAUCAGAAUGCCACCAAACUAUCAACGUCGAGACUUGGUACACUGGAAACGUCUGAACUGCCAUGUGUCGAGAAUACCCUCACAACUGCCACCCACCUCGGUGCACGCUGGGAUCAGCGGGAGAAACGCUCUUAGCACCCGGCCCGUCUUUUAAAACCUAUCGGAGGGUAGACGGCAACAUUCGUCUCCUCUAAUCAAACUGGAUCGGUCAUGUUUAGGAUGGCUCCACUGUUACACAACGUAUGUUUUUUUUUUUUUU